UUUGCUGAAUCCUAUUAAACAAUGUUAAUAAUACAUUGAUUCACAUUAACUAAAAAAGCAAUUAUUAUUAUCACAUUGUUCGAGGAAGCGGCAUUCACUUUUGAUUUGGAAUCUUAUAGAAAGGAAGAAAAAUUUACUUGUUAGCCCUAACCCAAUCUUCUUGUUUUGUACAACUUAUGAUGGAUGCCAUGGUGAGAUAUGGAUCAUGGUUGUUUUGAUGGUAACAAAUGAGAUAUACAAAUCCUACAAAAGCUGCAAAAUGUAGAAGAAGCUCCAGCAUGGGCUUUUAUGUCCAGGGAGAACAGCCUCAUUGUGGGUUUCCUGAAAAGAAUUUUGCGAUGAAUUUGGAGAAAUUGGCUAGAAAGGGUUACCGGGUUCUUGUUGUGGAACAGACAGAGACACCUGAGCAGCUUGAACUUCGUCGUAAAGAGAUGGGGUCUAAAGAUAAGGUCGUGAAACGGGAAAUAUGUGCUAUGGUCACAAAAGGAACACUAACUGAUGGAGAGUCACUAUUGGCAAAUCCUGACACUUCUUACCUAAUGUCAAUUACUGAAAAUUGCCAAUGUUUUGAGAACCACAAGAAAGGAGAGACAAUUAUAGGUCUUUGUGUGGUUGAUGUUUCCACAAGCAAGUUCAUGAUAGGACAGUUCGAAGAUGAUUCAGAUCGCCACUGCUUAUGCUCAAUAUUAUCUGAACUAAGGCCUGUCGAAAUCAUAAAGCCUUCUAAAGUGCUCAGUCCUGAAACUGAGAGAGUCUUGAGGAACAAUACAAGAAACCCUUUAGUUAAUGAUUUGGUUCCUUUUACAGAAUUUUGGGAUGCUGAGAAAGCUAUUGGUGAGGUCAGAAAAUAUUAUAGUCUAUCAAGGAAGCUACCAGCAUCAGCAAAUGACAGCAUUUCUGCUAAUUUUGAGAAUCCGGCGAGUGAUUCAUUGGCCUUACCAUAUGUGUUUGCUGAGCUGGUGAGUGCAGGUGAUGAUGGAUUGUAUGCCCUUUCUGCUUUUGGAGGCUGCCUUUUUUAUUUAAGGCAGGCAUUCCUGGAUGAAACAUUGCUUAACUGUGCUAAAUUUGAGCCACUUCCAUGCUCGGGGUUUUUCAGCACUAUUCAGAAUUCAUAUAUGAUACUUGAUGCAGCAGCACUUGAGAACCUAGAGAUAUUGGAGAAUAACAGAAAUGGAGGUCCCUCAGGGACACUCUUUGCACAGUUGGAUCAUUGCAUGACAGCAUUUGGCAAAAGAUUGCUUAAACGAUGGCUUGCUAGACCACUGUAUAAUACAAGGUCAAUUGUAGAACGUCAAGAUGCCAUAGCAGCUAUGAAGGGCGUUGGUCUUGCAUUUGCGCUUGAAUUUCGAAAAGAAUUAUCAAGGCUUCCAGACAUGGAACGUUUGCUUGCACGCCUCUUUGCUAGCUGUGGGGCUAAUGGAAGAAAUUCCAAUAGAGUGGUUCUUUACGAGGAUGCAGCAAAGAAGCAACUCCGAGAAUUUAUUGCUGCUCUCCGUGGUUGCCAAUUAAUGGUCCAAGCAUGUUCUUCCCUUAGUCCUAUACUGAGCACUACAGAAUCUAGUCUGCUCCAUCAUUUGUUAACACCAGGCAAAGGGCUUCCAGACAUGUGCUCACUUGUUAGUCAUUUCAAGGAUGCCUUUGAUUGGUCAGAAGCUGAUUGCAGUGGGCGCAUUAUACCUCAUGAAGGAGGUGAUGUCGAAUAUGAUCUUGCAUGUAAAAGAGUGAAAGAGAUUGAAUCUGCUCUGACAAGGUACCUGAAGGAGCAACGCAAGCUGCUAGGAGAUGCAUCGAUAAACUAUGUCACUGUUGGGAAAGACAUGUAUCUACUUGAGGUUCCUGAGAGCUUGAGGGGUGCUGUUCCUAGCGACUAUGAGUUACAAUCAUCAAAGAAGGGGUACUUCAGAUACUGGACACCAAAAAUAAAGGAGUUCUUGUCAGAACAUUCUCAAGCUGAGGCAGAUAAAGAAUCUAAGCUGAAAGGCAUUCUUCAGAGGUUGAUCAAGUAUUUCAGUGAGCAUCAUAGCAAGUGGAGACAGUUGGUUUCUGCAACUGCAGAGCUAGAUGUUUUAAUAAGCCUGGCAAUUGCAAGUGACUAUUAUGAGGGACCAGCAUGCCGCCCAUUCAUUAUGGAAAUAUGCCAUUCAGAUGACAAACUUCCAUUUUUGUCUGCUAAAAGUCUGGGACAUCCAAUUCUCCAAAGUGAUGCCUUAGGCAAGGGUUCUUUUGUGCCCAAUGAUGUAAGUAUUGGUGGGGCAGGGCGUGCCAACUUUAUCCUUCUCACAGGUCCAAAUAUGGGUGGUAAGUCAACUCUACUUCGCCAAGUCUGCCUGUCUGUGAUUUUGGCACAGAUUGGAGCAGAUGUCCCUGCAGAAAGCUUUAAGCUCUCUCCUGUCGAUCGCAUCUUUGUUCGAAUGGGUGCAAGAGAUCACAUUAUUGCUGGCCAAAGUACAUUCUUGAUGGAACUUUCAGAGACUGCUUCAAUGCUGUCUUCUGCCACCCAAAAUUCUCUAGUGGCAUUAGAUGAGCUUGGGCGGGGCACAUCAACUUCUGAUGGACAAGCUAUUGCUGCAUCUGUUUUAGAAUAUCUUGUUCAUCGGAUACAGUGCCGAGGCUUGUUUUCUACUCAUUAUCAUCGAUUGGCCGUAGAAUAUGAGAAAGAUGCUAAGGUGUCACUGUGUCAUAUGGCUUGCCAAGUUGGAAAGGGAGUUAGCGGAUUGGAAGAAGUUACUUUUCUUUAUAGACUGACUCCUGGUUCAUGCCCCAAAAGCUAUGGUGUUAAUGUUGCUCGUUUGGCUGGAAUACCUGCCUCUGUGUUGCAAACUGCCAUGGCAAAAUCGCGUGAAUUUGAAGCAGGUUAUGGGAAGCGCGAGUAUGAAAGUGAAGGUGAGCUUCCAGAUCCAAUGAAGGAUGGUGAAGUAGUUGUUAUCAAGGACCUGCUUUGUAUUACUGAGAGAUGGAACUGCCAAAAGGAUUUCCGCGCCAUAAAUUUAAAUUUACUCAGUGAAAUGCAAAAGAGAGCUAGGGUUCUUGUGCUGGAAAGCUGAAUCCCAGUUUUGCCAUCUGUGAAUGGUUUUGCAAUCGAAGAAAUGACAAGCGUUUUACUUGAGUGCCAUUUUUGGUUAGGUCCACACAGCAAAACUGGAGAUUGCACUACUGGUGCUGAUUUGCUAUUGAGACCACCUUCACUGAUAAAGUCUUGGUAUACAGAAGGCCUACGCCGGCUGGUUGAUGAAUGGACCCGGAGAGCUUUACCUUUAUGUGUAAAUGACCACCGAAACACAUUUGGCCGGUUUGGCGUCCGAGAUGGAUAACAGCAUGACUAGCAUGAGACACCUAGGCCAGGUUGGUCAUAAUCUGGUGGCGCUAUUAGCCUCUAAAUGUCAAGUGACCCUCAAGAAAAUUGUGUAUAUGUCCAAAGGAAAAAUCAUUUGUUGGGGAAGCUUGCAACUUUUGCUUAGUUAUCAAUGAAAAUUUUUGUAUAAAAUGCUUUGGGCUGGAGUAUGGCCUUUGGUUCCUCUUU